UAGUCAACAAAUGGACGCUUUUUUCGUGUGAGAGAGAUAUCCGCGGAGAUAGUCUCUCUCUCUCUCUCUCUCUCUUUCUCUCUUCGUUGGGUGUCUCCUCGCAGAAACCCAAACCUCUCUCCGCCGCCGCGCUAACUUGCGCCGGGACUCCCCGGCGAUCGUUGUUUCGCCUCGAUCUUCGAUCUCUGAAACUUCGGAUUGAGUCGCUGAGUUUUGCUCGAAGUUUGUCUCUAGCUUUGAUUUUGUUUCGGAACGUGCGCUCGUGAAUCGCUGUUGAGCUGUUCAGAGCUGCUUUUUGGAUGGUGUCAUGGAUUUUUUAUGUUGUCUUUUGUUUACUGAUGUAAAUGAGUUGACGGUAGAUGUUAGGUUUUAGCAUGUUCGCGAGUGAUUCUCUGUGAAUAGAUCCAUGGGAGAUGUUACGCGAACGAGGGAAUUUGAAACUGUAACCCUAAGUUUAGUUUUGGUUGGGACUGUGAAGAGGAGAGUUUCCAUGGAAGUUCUUUAGUAUCGCGCGAGGUUUUUUCGCUUCAUUUUUCCAACUGAAAAAAUAGUAAAACAGGAAAGCUUUUUUUGGAGGCUUUCAUUGGGUUAGAGAGAAAGCCUCUUAGUUGAAGCCAUGGAUUGUUUGGAAUUGAAUUUGAACAAAGAGAUUGGUGAUGGUUCCUGUGUUGGCGGCGGCGGUGGCGGUGGCGGCGGUGCUGGGGGAAGUGUUGGGAAUAUUGCUAAUAAGAGUGGUGGGGAAGGAUUCAUUGAUAGGAGCAAAGUGAGGAUCUUGUUGUGCGAUAACGACACGGAGAGUUCGGAAGAGGUUCUCACGCUUCUUUCGAAAUGCUCUUAUCAGGUGACUUCUGUAAGAUCCGCUAGACAGGUCAUUGAUGCUCUAAAUGCUGAAGGGCCUGAUAUAGACAUUAUUCUAGCUGAAGUUGACAUACCCAUGAACAAAGGCAUGAAGAUGUUGAAAUAUAUUACAAGAGAUAAAGAAUUGAGGCGGAUUCCUGUCAUCAUGAUGUCAGCACAGGAUGAGGUCUCAAUUGUUGUCAAAUGCUUGAGAUUGGGAGCAGCGGACUAUCUUGUGAAGCCCUUGCGGACCAAUGAGUUGUUAAACUUGUGGACACACAUGUGGAGAAGGCGACGCAUGCUCGGACUGGUAGAGAAGAACCUGUUGAGCUAUGACUUUGAUCUGAUUGGUUCCGACCCUAGUGAUGCUAACACGAAUAGUACUACUUUGCUUUCUGAUGAUACUGAUGAUAAGUCCCAGAAGAGUGCCAGUCCCGAGAUUGGGCUGUCUGCAACUCAUGAAGACCAGUCUGCUGCUGUUGCUGAGCCCCCACUUAAUGGUGCAGUGGAUUGUCGCCCUGAUGUGCCAGGAAUCAGUGAUCGUCGGACUGGACAAUGUUCUUCUGGUCCUAAGAAGAGUGAACUAAAAGUCGGAGAGUCCUCAGCCUUCUUUACAUAUGUCAAAUCGACAAUUGUCAAGAACACCCGUUCAACAGCUGGACAACUUGAUGGUUGUGCUUCUGUAAGUUGUCAGAUGGAAGUGACGGAUCAAGCAGAGGAUGAGCAGGCGGUUUAUGAUCCUCAAGUACAUGAAAAUGGAGAGGCCUGGGAGAAAUCUUCCCUGGGAGAUGACUUUCCAAGUGGGAGUAGUGUUCCAGAUUCUCUGUCUUUGGAGCGGUCCUGUACUCCGCCAGGGUCAGCUGACUUUCCUCAACAAAGGAACUUCAUGGAAAAACGGGUGCCUCAGAUGCCUAUGCAUGCAAUAAACAAGCCUUGCAUUGACCUUCCAGGAUUGCCUGCGAAGAGCACAUAUCCAUACUAUGUGCCCGGAGUAGUUAAUCCAGUUAUGGCGCAUUCAUCAGCACAGGUUUACCAGAAUAAUCUGCAUGACCUGCAAAACCAUGCCACUUCAGCCAUGUUACCCCAUUACAGUCAUCUUCCUCAGUGUCCCACCCAUGUGAAUGGGAUGGCGUCGUUUCCCUAUUACCCCGUUGGCUUAUGCUUACAACAAGGUCAGAUGACUUCAGCUCAUGCAUGGCCAUCAUUUGGAAGUUCAUCGAUAUCUGAAGCAAAAACUAAUAAAGUAGAUAGGCGAGAGGCAGCCCUAAUCAAGUUUAGGCAGAAAAGGAAAGAGCGUUGCUUUGACAAGAAGAUCAGGUAUGUUAACAGGAAACGGCUUGCUGAAAGGAGGCCCCGAGUGCGGGGCCAAUUUGUGAGGAAGGUAAAUGGUGUAAAUGUGGAUCUAAAUGGCCAGCCUGAGUCGGCUGAUUAUGAUGAGGACGAAGCAGAGUACGAGGAUGAGGAUCUCGCUUUGAGGGGUUCUACUCCCAACGGAGGCGUUUCUUAACAUAAAAGGUGAUUUUUAUCUGCAGAACCCAUAAGGAUACUGAAGCUGAGGUUCUUACUUCUCGAUUUGGCAAAGAUCAUACGUAGCAUCAGCUCAGUGAUUUUGGAUGCCAACAUCAGAUUUCAGCAUGCAGAAAGUGCUGCAGAUUGCAUAAAAGCUGCAUACCGCAGUUCCUCUUCCAACCUAGGCAGGCACCAUGCACCACGGCAGCUUCAUCGUUGACCUAAUUGUUCAUCAAACAAAUGGCGCCACAUCAUAUUGGUUCCCCAUUUUAUCUUUCCGUAGUUUGUUGGCACAGAUAAGUUAUAGUUCGGUUUAAUGCUUGUGCAAUUUGCAAGCUGGAAGUAACGUUGUUUACGUAAAAGGAAAGUCGCAUCAGUUGUGUCAAUCUGGAGACCAAGUCGGGCCGGU